AGUAUAUUCUGUGGUCAAAACCAUAUGGUGUAUUGUCGAAAAUUAACUGUGUUAAGUUUUAAAUUAUUUCUGUUAAAGUGUAAACUUAUAAUUUAUUAAAAAAAUCCAUGUUAAGGGGGCCGUGAGAUUAUUAAAUUAAGUGUUUAAGGUGAAAUAAAGCUAUUAUUGUCAUAUGUAUUUAUAACAAAUGUGUGUAAGAGGUGUUUAUAAUUGUAAAAUUUAAAGUUCCAAUGGAUUCAAAGGCUGAAGAUCGAAUUCUUUUAGAAGAAACAUUCUAUGUUUUAUCAAAGAAAAGCAGUGUGUUCAAAGUAAGAUUAACCUUUAAGGGCCUACAUUUAAUCAAAGAUUCAGAGCAGCAUUUCAAAGAACAGAUCAUUCCUAUUAAAGAUAUAAUUGGUUGUCAGUGUUUGAGAAGCAAAAGAAAGACAAAGAAUUGUACUUGCCAAUCCUUGCCUAGAUCUGAUAGUUUGCAGGUUGUAGAAGAGAAUUCCACUGAUUCAGAUGACUCAGAUACAAGCGCUUAUCUUUACAUUUAUGCAUAUAUAAUUCAAGGCAAUAAGGAAACAAAUAAAAAAAGAGAAAGGACAAUAAUUACUCUAAGGUUUCGAUCAUUUGAUCGAUAUGAAGAUAAUAACAAAGAAGCCCAAAGGUGGAGAUCUGUAAUCAAAAGAUUAAUCAAAGGAGAACCCCUCAAUAAUUUUACAUUAAAUGAAUUUAGUUUAACUCAUCGGCAUAGAGAAACAAGAAGAUUACUGGUUUUGUGUAAUCCAAAAAGUGGAGCUGGAAAGGGAAAACAAAUAUUCCAACAAAAGAUAGCUCCAAUAAUAAAUGAAGCUGAAAUACCCUAUGAUUUACACAUGACAAAGUAUGCAAAUUUUGCCAGGGAUUUUGUUCGAACACACAACUUGUUUCAAUGGACAGGCAUUGUUGUGGUAGGCGGAGACGGUAUCGUUUUCGAAGCGAUCAACGGUAUCUUCGAGAGGUACGAUUGGGCUGACGUCAUCAAAACUAUCCCUUUGGGCGUGGUUCCCGGAGGUUCCGGUAACGGCUUGGCCCGCAGCAUAGCUCACUACGCCUCUGAGCCCUAUCUUCCGGCGCCUACUCUACCCGCAGCCCUUGCUGCUGUAAGGGGCACCAGCGAACCUAUGGACCUGGUCAGGGUGGAGACGACGUCACAGAUAUUGUUCUCGUUCCUGUCGGUUGGAUGGGGCUUACUGUCUGAUAUAGAUAUCGAGAGUGAAAGGUUAAGAGUGCUCGGCGGUACGAGAUUCACGAUUUGGUCGAUAGCGCGACUUCUGGGUCUGCGAUCGUAUAGAGGAAAAUUAUGGUACUUGCCUUCCGACAUUCCCAUUUCCAAAUCGAACGACAAGUUCGCCAGUCCCAUAAACACAGGCAGUACUCUGGAACUGCCCGCCGAAGUUCAUCUGGAAACUGAAGAAGGGCGUCCGAGGGUAGAUUCGUGGUAUAGUGCCCAUUCUAGACGUAGCGCAUAUUUUUCUACUGGUGGCAGUUCAUAUCAGUCUACUACAGAUAGCAAAUUAGGUGAAGGUGAUGUGCCUAAUUCUAAAGACAAAACUAGAAGAAUGUAUGGACCAGCAUCACAGUUGCCGAGUUUGACAACAUCGUUGCCUGAUGAUUGGAAAUGCAUGGAUGGAAGAUUUGUAAUGGUACAUGCCUCAUAUCAAACCCAUUUAGGGGAAGACUGCUUGUUUGCUCCUGAGGCCAAACUCAAUGACGGUCGAAUAUGGUUACUAGUUGUAAAGUAUGGAGCCAGCAGGACUCAGCUACUGCAGUUCUUACUUGGUUUAAGCACUGGAGCACAUGCAAUCAACAAUAACAGAAGUUCCGGCGAGUACAUCAAACUCAUUCCAGUAAACGCUUUUAGGAUUGAGCCCGACAUGACAGAAAAUGGAUAUAUCACUGUUGACGGCGAACACGUAGACUAUGGCCCAAUCCAGGCCGAAAUUUUUCCAGAAUUGGGCAGAGUUAUGGUUCCUUGAUCCGAACAUUCCAUUAGUUAUAGAUGCGAAAAACGUAAAUUUAGGCGAAAACCAAAGGUUGUGAUUUUAUCUACUUUAGAGCCUUUACUGAUAAGGUUCGAUAGUUUUUAAUUAGGCUUAUAUAGAUUUGUCUCGUUUUUAUUGUGAAAUGUUUUUAACAGCCAUAUAUAUUUUACCAUUUUUGUUUUUGUUGUUAGGAGAUUUAUUAUACGUACAUCGUGUUUUUGAUAUUUUAUAUAAGCUCAAAGCUUUUAAGAUAAUAAAAGGUACAUAGUAAUUCUAGGUCUGGUUUGGGAUAAAAUACUUCACAAUUUUUUAUUACUGCACUUGAUAACUUGGUGCUCAGUCAGUAUUAUUAGAGAGAUUUUUGUUGUUUAUUGUAUACAAUACAAUCGAAAAAAAGCCGUGACAGUUAACUUCAAAUGAUAGUCGAUGAUACUAUCGGGCCUACUCCAAUAUGUAAUUUAUUAAAAAUUGACAUAAAAAAUUAUUAAUAAUAAUUAUUCUUCAUUUAGGAUAGUAAGUAAUUUAUAAUUUCCUUGUCCGCCCGACAAAAAUAUAUGAAAAACACAUGGAAGAAACGAUGAGUGUCCAAAAACGAUAAAUGUUCAGGAAAGGGUCUUUUAAUUCAAAUUACGCAUGGACUUUUAUCAUUUUUCCCAUUUUUAAAUGCCUGUUUCUAUGUGACCGCUAUCGAUAUUCCCGUUUGUUUAGAUACCAAAAAGUGUAGCUUUUUAAGACGGAAAAUAUUAUGCAUUAAAUCCAAAUGAACAAAAAAUUGACUUUCAUCGUUUUUCCUGUGCGCUCUUCAUAUCUAAUAUAAUAUGUAUAAUCGUCAUUUCACAGACCACUGUGACGUCUUUUUUUCGUUAUAAUAAAGUUACCUUGUACUUAAUAUCAGCUUGCAACAAGCAUUUAUAUAUAAAAGUAUGUGGUUAAUAUUUUUAAAACAUAGGCACAGCAAAUAUAAGGGAUGCUUAUUUUAAUGAAUUUUAAAAAUUAAAAAAACAUAUAUAUUAUUAUACUACUUAACAAAAAUACUUAAAACAGCAAGAACAGAAUUAUAUGAUAAGUCCAUAAUUCCAAAAUUCCGAAUAUCGAUUAGCCCUUGCUCUGAGGAUUAGCCAAUACAGAGGCCAAUAAUUGUCGAACGGAAGCGCAAACGAAAGCCGUACGAAGUUGGGCGAAGCCGUACGAAUGAACAGCUGGUGCUAGCGUCUAGUCUCUUAUUGGUCUAGUUAUCCGAUCAAUAAUUCAAAAUCAGGCUUGCGCACUAGGCUUGAGCAGGCCUAACCUUCCUUCAGAAGAUUUCUUUACCCAUUUCACCGGCUCGGCUUCACAGAAUGUAGUUUGGAGUCAAUAAUGGUUACUUUAUAAAUAUAUGGAUAAGUCAUUCCAAUGGACCAGGAAAUAUUUUGACAAAAAUGUUUUAAAAGAUGACAGAAAAUACAGUUUAUCUGUGAAUUAAAAUGACAGACAAAGAUGUUACAUAUUUUCUGGUUCAAUAGACUUAACUAUACAGAAGCGACACAGGCGAUAUUUUUGUAGGUCAAAUUUAGAGUGAGAUAGAUUGUGAUGGAAGAGAAGUCUAAUUUUCAAUUUUUUUUAAAUAUAUGGUUUACAUCAAAACGGGUAAAAAAUAAGAGUAGCUUAAAGGUACGCGCACACUGACCAGCGCCGCACUUACCGCACGCGCCGCUCGAAUCGCACUUUUUUUCUUGUCGCGCACACUGAGCCGUACCGAUCGCGCCGCAUUAUUCGCUAUUAUGGGAAUAAUAGCGAAUAAAACCAAACCAAACCAAAUCUCCUCUUCGGCUACAUACGUAGAGUGGAAGGAAUUGCGUGUGACGUCAGCAGCACUAGCUGCAUUUCCCGAAAAUCAUUCUGGCCCAACAAUGCUAGCCGCAUUUUCGUCGAUGCGAUUCGUGCGGCUCUAGAGUGUGCGCACUUUCAUUGAAAGUAACACAAACGAUAUUUUUCUUCGGCCGAUGCGGCGCGUGCGGCUCUGGUGAGUGUGCGCGUACCUUUAAUGCCCAUUUCUGAUUAAUAUUUCCUCUUUUAAGUUGGAUUUUAUAAUGGAUGGAUAAACUCGGGAGUUGACGUUCAGUUGAGGUUCAGUCGCAGUUGGAUGUUCGCGGCAGUUGAGGUUCAACAUUUUUGCAUUUAUAAACCGUCAGUUUCGGUUGUAAGUUUGGAACUGUGAAAAUUUCAAACGUUUUCGAUUUAAAAAUACUUUUGAUAUUUUUCAAAGUUCAAACAUAAUAAUUCAACAAAUAAUGCGCAAAAUAUAAACAUUACAAAAACAGAAAUAAUGAAACAACAAUAAGGGUCAUUUUUCAAUGCAUCUCUUUUCUGUGCUUCACGUCAUAGAUAAAAGAAAAUAAUCUACUAUUAAGAUAGAUAUGAAACUUAAUAGUAAAAUUUUGGGUCAAAGCGCCCCUCCGUGUUUUUAGUAGAGACUACGUUUACUCUAC